AUGGAGUUGGACUCCUUUUCAUCCAGAUCACACUACCACCGCCUCCACCGCAAAUCCCACUUUCUUCUCCCAAAACCUCCCGCGACCAUGGCCACGCCGGUCAACUCGCCUCCACCGCCGCCCGCAACCAUACAGUUCCCGGUCAGCCUCGCCCGCGAUGAAGAAGACGAUCAGGACCUCCACGGGAAGCGUAAGGUGAUCGACGAGGUGGAUUUCUUCUCCGACAAGAAAGAGGCGGCCGCCGCCGACGACGACGACGAGGCGGCGCAUCCCGGCGGGCCAGAUCGUCGCUCGGCCGUGGAUUUUAAAGUGAAUACUGGUUUGCAUCUUCUGACGACAGCCAACACUGGGAGCGAUGAGUCGAUUGUCGACGAUGGGAUGUCUGCCAAUUCAGAAGACAAAAGAUCAAAAAAUGAGAUUGCCGUAGUCCAGGCGGAGAUGGAGAGGCUGAGCUCCGAGAACCGCCGUCUGAGGGAGAUGUUGAAUCAGACAACGAACAACUACAACAGCCUGCAGAUGCAUUUACUCACACUUAUGCAGCAGCAGCAAGGACAAGGACACGAGUCUGUUGAAGAACACAAGUUCAACAGCAGCCACGACAAUAACAAUAACGGGCUCCGCCAGUUCAUGGAUCUUGGAUUUCCCAUCAACAAUGAUGAAGCCGCCUUGUCGCCGCCCGAGGGGAGGACAGGCAAGCUAUCACCGGCAUCGCCCGACAAGGAAAUCGAGGAAAGAGACGAGCAGGAGAGCAGCAAGGCAGCCAAGCAUGGUCACUGCACUAGAAGUGUCGACCAAGCCACCGAGGCCACCAUGCGAAAGGCUCGCGUCUCAGUUCGUGCUAGGUCCGAGGCCUCCAUGAUCACUGACGGAUGCCAAUGGCGCAAGUACGGCCAGAAGAUUGCAAAGGGAAACCCAUGGCCCCGCGCAUACUACCGGUGCACCAUGGCCGCCGGUUGUCCCGUCCGAAAGCAAGUCCAGAGAUGCGCGGACGACACGACCAUACUCAUCACUACUUACGAGGGCAACCACAACCACCCGCUGCCGCCGGCCGCCAUGGCCAUGGCCUCGACCACCUCCUCGGCCGCCCGCAUGCUUCUCUCGGGCUCCAUGCCGAGCGCCGACGGCCUCAUGAGCUCCAACUUCCUCGCUCGGAAUCUCCUCCCAUGCUCGUCCAGCAUGGCUACCAUCUCCGCCACGGCCCCUUUCCCCACCAUCACUCUCGACCUCACCCAAUCCCCCAACCCACUGCAGCAUCAGCAGCUUGCCCCGCGGCCGCCCAACCAGUUCACCUCCUUCCUCAGCCCGCCGGGUAAUAUUCCGGUGGGAAACUCGGCGGCUGCUGCCCUCCUGCCGCAGAUAUUCGGGCAGGCGCUUUACAAUCAAUCAAAAUUCUCGGGGCUCCAGAUGUCAUCGGACCCGAAUUUCACGGCAGACCCAAAUUUUACGGCGGCUUUAGCGGCAGCCAUCUCGUCGUUUAUGGGCGGGCCGAGUUCAAACAAUGGGAAUGGCAAUGCGAAUAAUGCUAGCAACAACAACAACAUGCAACAACAAGAGUAG